AUGCCUACAAGAUCAGAGGCAUACAAAUCACUACUACAAGUUGAAGAAUCAUCAGAAAAUGGGACCUUGAUACCCCGUGCUCUGCUUAUUCUGUCCUCUGUUUGGGAGAGAUCGAUUAAGAAGAAUGACAAAUUGGUGAUGAUGAUAUCAUCAAAGAAUAUCACCGUGUUCCAUGGAUCGAAGGCACCAAAGUUGAGCAUCACACGGUACAUGGAGCGCAUCUUAAAGUAUGCAGGGUGCAGUUCCUCUUGUUUUGUGAUAGCGCAGAUAUACAUUGACAGGUAUUUCAGUAAAAAUGGUGGAUACCUAACUUCCUUCAAUGCUCACCGCCUCCUCAUUACAAGCCUUCUUGUUGCUGUCAAAUUCCUCGACGAUCGAUAUUUUAGCAAUGCUUACUAUGCUCAAGUAGGGGGAAUUAGCACCCAAGAGAUGAACAGGAUGGAGCUAGAGUUUCUGUUUAGUUUGGAAUUUAGAUUGUUUGUGACAACUGAAAUGUUCGUCAAAUACUGUGAGAAGCUUGAUAAGGUUGAUAAUAUUGGAGAAUAUCAGAUUCGUCGUCCAAUAAUAACAAGUAAUGCAAAGUAA